AUGGAGAACCCCCCUACGGAAGACGCGGUCAUACUGCAGAGCAAAUUGCAGUACGCAAUGCACAAUAGUGAAGUCAAAAGGGAGGUCAAAAGGGAGGCCGAAAGAGAGUCCAAAAGUGAGGCCAAAAGUGAGGCCGAAAGAGAGGCCAAAAACGAGGUCAAAAACGAGGUCAAAAAUGUAGUCCAAAAUGAUGAGGAAGACAUAACCAAUUUUAUAGUUAGCAAAAAAAUGAACUUGACAAAGGAAAAAAGCGAAAACGUAAAAAAUAUGAAAAAGCUAAUUUCAAAACAUCCCGAUAUUUUUAUCAAGUCGUCCAUCCUAUCGAGAGAGUUCCAACAAAGUGUACAGGACAUCCAAAUCGUUGUCGAUGACUUAAGAAGUAAUUGCGAAAAAAUAGUAGCCUUUUUCGAGGCGGGUCAUCAUAAGAGCAGCAUGGAGGGGAUGAACCUUGCCAACAGUGUACAUGACAGCAAAAGGAGUGGACUUCCUUCAGACAUGCUCAAAAUUCCUUUAAUAAUUCACCGGAGUAACGAGAAGGGAGACGUGCACGACAGCAUGAAAUAUUUGCCCCUGUGUGGAAGGGUGAAAUUAUAUCUGUGUGCAUUGUUCAGCUGCGAAUCGAAUGAUCGCAAUUUGGGGAACUAUCUCCGGAGUUAUAAAAAAAAACUCAACAAAGAAAUAAAGAAAACGAGGGAACUUAUUCUCCAGUUGGUCAUGAAAUGUGAAGAUGUGGCCACGUUGAAAGUAUACCUUCAAUACCUGGGCAGCAUACGAGAUUAUUUUUUGUUACCUCCAGGGGGGGGAACAACAAAUGAGAAGUUUUCGAGCGAAAUGAAGAAUGGUGAAAAUUGCCUGAACGGGUCAGGUGAAAAAAGGGAAAAUAACCUUACCUGUUCAGGCAGUUUUUCUUAUUGUAAAGAAGGGAGAAUGACGAACGAGGAGUACACGCGGCACACAUUCUUAACGCUCAAGCACUUUCGCAUACUACAGUCUGUGAGAGAGCAACUGGAGAAAAAAAUAAGCAAGCAAAGAACGAACAACUCGUUGAGUGCACCUGAAAUUGUCCAAAUAUUUUUUCACGAAAUUGCAAACUUGAAGAGCAGCUACGAGAGGCUGUUCCAUUCCGUGGACGUGAAUCUCUUUAGGCACGUCGUGUUUCUUUACUAUUUCGCGCUUUCCCUCGUGCAUAUAAAGAUAAAGCAGCGGAGUAGUGCGAACAAGCUCCAUGUAGAGAAGGGCGAAGUAGAGAAGCGCCACGUAAAGACGCAUGAGGGGAGCACACACCUCACGAAUACAUACAGCCAUAAUUUGCUGAGCAAACUCAACCGAGAAUACCUCGCAGGCGAAUUGGCAAACUGUACGAAAGAGGCGAACGCGUCGUCCAGACAGACCAACAGCGAACAAGGGGGACAACCUCCCCUGCGCCUUUUUUCCAACCAAAGGUACCCCUUUGUAAAUGUAAAUAGCGCCCUCUUCAACUACAUGUAUUACUGCGUUUUCUUCAAAUGUGAAAAGGAGGUUUGUUUCCUUCCACGAGGGAUCGAACAUGAGGAGGAAAAGCUGCCUCACUGGGGGAAAAAUAAAACGGCAGUUCCCCACAGGAAAAAAAAAAUCAGUGCAAAAAAAGAAAAGCUACACGAGUAUGCAAAUACGUCACGCAAAAAUCACUACUCUUGGGUGAAUUCCUUAUACGAGGAAGGAAACACAAAAUGGAAACGAAAAAAAAAAAAUGAAAAGAUAACAAAAAUGAAGCACAAAUUUUUUUCCCACUACAUAACAAUACAGACGUUGGUUCAAAAGGGAAAUAUAAAAGACUCGGUUCAGUAUUUGUUCCAGUGUCGAAAGAGUUGCGAAGGAACUGCCUCUGCUGUGAAGGAGAACAGGAAAGCAGUUUUCAUAAGGGGGUUAAAUGCGCCUGUCCUUUUUGAUAACAUUUUAAAUAAAAUUUUUGUCCUGUACGUUUACCAUUUUUUGGAGCGAACCAAUUUUCACUUUUACGAGAGCGUUUUAUUUUUUGAUGAGAGUGAUCAGCAGGAGUUUGCUCAACCGGGGAAGAACAUCCUAUGGGUCCUGCGCGAGCACUUGCGCAGUCGAAAGGGGCAGCAGCACCCGGAGGGGACCGACGGGCAGAUCGACCGGCACAACGAUCAGCAGAACGACGGGCAGAUCGAUCAGCAGAACGACCGGCAGAACGAUCAGCAGAACGACGGGCCGAUCGACCGGCUGGGCGACACCCGGGAAACCCUCCUGCACCGCGCGCAACACACACUGAAGCACGCCUUCCUAAACUCCUACUUCCUCAACCUGCUGUUCAUCCUAAAAAGCAUAAAGCACUACGUAGAUAAAUCAAUAACCUACGUCGUCAUUUUAUUAUUCGAAGACUCAUUCAAGAAGGUGAUAAAAAAUUUGGUCAUGAUUUAUUUGGGGAAUCAAAACAUGUACCUUAAGUAUUCCACGUUUCACCUAAUUAUGGAGUCACUUUUUAAGACCAUUUUCCCCUUCACCUUUUUGUUCCUGUCGCGUGUUUUUCAAGUGGAUACCUCCAGUUCGACGGAGAGCAUUUUUAAUGUCCUGGACAGCUACGGAGUUGGCGCGUGA